UUUAGCUUGAGAGUUUCUCAAUUCAACAGAGAAGAAAUCGAAAAUACAGAGAGCGCGAGUUCGUGAAGAAGAAAGAUGGAUGAAGAAGAGAUAGAGAAAGCCGUAUUGGCUUACUUGAAGAAGAAGGGUUUUAAGCCAACGGACCUUUCUUUUCAUGAAGACCAACAGCACACGGCCGCUGCAAAUUCCACCCUUUCAGAUUCAGACAUUGCUAAACACAUCCUCGCCUUCGCCGAGCCGGAGAAUAUUUCAUCACAGUAUCACGAGGAAUAUAGAAAAUUAAGAUCAUGGGCAUAUGGUUCGUUGGAUUUGUAUAAGCACGAGUUGGUCCGCAUUCUUUAUCCAAUAUUCGUUCAUUCAUUCAUGAAUCUUGUGGCCAAGGGCCAUAUUGAAGGAGCUCGAGCCUUUCUCAAUAGCUUUCGUGAAGACCAGACAACACAUUCACGUGAUCUUCAGAAGUUGGAAGGCGUCCUUUCUCCUUCUCAUCUAGAGGAAAUGGAGUUUGCUCACACUCUUCGACAGAGCAAAGUAAAUUUAAAGAUGUGUGAGUAUUCGUAUGAGCUUUUGCUGCAAUAUUUGCAAAAAUCUCAAUCUAUAACAAUGCUAGGAGUUAUUAAUGAGCAUAUUAACUUCCAAGUUUCUCCUGGUCAGCCUAGUUCAAUUUCUGAUGAUGCUGAAGUUUUUACUCUGGUUGGAAGUGGUCAGGAUACAACUAAUUUGAUUAAUCAAAAAGAAAUACACUGGGGGUUGCUUGAAGAUACUAUAGAAGACCGGCUGGAGAAAGCUGGAAGUUUGCUCUCAGACUCAGAGAAGGCUGAAGGAGAAACUAAAGAAGGAGAUUUAGAUGAGACCAAGAAAAGAUCAACGGAUGGAGGGAAACAAGGUCCACCACUCAAGAAGUCAAAGAAAGAAAAGGUGGUGGGUGCUACUGGGAAAACUGUUCGCAGUGAUGGUAAUUCUGUUCCAGCAGCACCACGUGUAAAACCAGGACUGAGUUUGCCAAUAAUACCUGUUGAGGUUGAGCAUUCUAUCCUUGAAGAUUUGCGGAACCGUGUGCAAUUAAGUAGCGUGGCUCUUCCUUCAGUGAGCUUCUAUACAUUUCUCAACACACAUAAUGGACUAAGCUGUUCUACGAUAUCCCCCGAUGGUUCAUUGGUUGCUAGUGGGUUCUCAGACUCAUCACUGAAGGUCUGGGAUAUGUCAAAAUUUGGACAACGGGCUGGAAAUUCAAAUUUGCAGGGUGAACAGGAUUCCACGCCAAAUGAUUAUAUGCAAAGUCUAACUGGAAGGAGACCAUAUACAUUAUUCCGUGGUCACUCAGGGCCUAUCCACUCUGCAUGUUUCAGUCCUUUGGGAGAUUUUCUUCUGUCAUCUUCAUCAGACUCCACGGUUCGAUUAUGGAGCACAAGAAAUAUAAACGCAAAUCUUGUUUGCUACAAAGGUCAUAACUAUCCUGUAUGGGAUGUCAAGUUUAGUCCAGCAGGGCACUAUUUUGCCAGUGCUUCACAUGAUCGUACAGCACGAAUUUGGUCAAUGGAUAGAAUACAACCUCUAAGAAUAAUGGCUGGGCACCUAUCUGAUGUGGAUUGUGUACAGUGGCAUCCGAAUUGCAACUACAUUGCAACAGGUUCAAGUGACAAAACGAUAAGGCUUUGGGAUGUACAGAGCGGAGAGUGUGCUAGGAUUUUCAUUGGCCACAGGAAUAUGAUCUUGACACUGACAAUCUCCCCUGAUGGUCGAUACAUGGCAUCGGGUGAUGAAGAUGGCGUAAUUAUGUUGUGGGAUCUGUCUACUGGUCGAUGUGUAACGCCUUUGAUGGGCCACACUAGUUGUGUCUGGUCACUUUCCUUCAGUGGCGAAGGUUCACUUCUUGCAUCUGGUUCCUCUGACUGUACGAUAAAACUAUGGGAUGUGAAUGCAAGUGCAAAAGUGACAAAGACAGAUGAAAACAAAAUUGGAAAUCCAAACAGGUUGAGAGCAUUGAAGACUUUGUUUACCAAAAGUACUCCUGUCUACAAUCUGAGGUUCUCUAGGAGGAAUCUUCUUUUUGCUACUGGCGCUCUAUCACAAACUGGUUAGUAGACAGUUGUUUUAUUAACUUUAUAGAAUGACUGGUCAAGUGGAGUAUUAGUAUUUACUUUCCUCAACUUUCCCUUGUUUUAUGUAUAUUGUUUGAACUCAAAGUUCUAGACUUUGUUAAAUUGUUCCAUAUAAAAUAUCUGUUUGAGAUUAUUAUGAUUUGUUUGGAUA